UGCUCAUAGUUUUACGUUUUAGGUGAAUUUGUUACAUGUUUGUACUAGUACAAAAUUUACCAAAUGCACACAGAAAAUUUCAAAACAAAAAUCUCCGGAUUUAAAUACUACAUGGCAGACAGAAAAACUCAAAUAUAUUAAUUGUUCUAUGCUUAGGAACCUGGUGACUAAUGAAAAUUCAAUAAAUGGUGAAAAAUGGCAGGAAAAGACAAUGAAGUUCUGCUGCAGGCAUUUAUGGUGAAGAGGUCACAAAAUAAGAAUUUAUUUACACCAGUAAAUUUCAAGGAGCGCUGGGUGGUCCUUACUCCUCGGUCUCUAAUUUAUUAUGAUUCUGACAGUGAAAAGCGUAAAGAAAGGGGCCGCAUAGCAACAGAGACUAUACAUACUGUCGAAACUGCACAGUUGGGAGAACUAAGUAAGCAAAUACCUGACAGCGACGGAGAAAAACGACCCACGUACAGGUAUCCAUUUCAGGUGGGGUACUCAGAACAGAAUUCAGACUAUACGCUAUAUCUAAUAGCUGGCGACCACACUGAGCGCUUACGUUGGAUUCACACCCUUAGAUCAGUUUGUGUAUGUAAUUCUCGUCGGAGUCAAUAUCACCCGGCCGUGAGGUCUGCUCGGAGGUGGCCGUGCUGUGACGCCGAACGUCGCUCUGCACCGGGGUGCGCCCUAACCGCCGUUUGGCCGUUACCAGAGCCCGAACUAGAUUUAAUACAGGAAGAAAGCGACAAACUCUCCGAGAACGUUACACUUGUUCGUACAGCUGUCACAGCAGCGGUCACAAUGCCCGGGGGAGGAGGAGGACCACCAGGCACUCCAUCCGCUAAGCCCAAGGAGAAACCUAGAACAAAAAUUGUCGUCGCACUCUAUCCAUUUAAAGCAAUCGAAAGUGGAGAUCUCUCCUUGGAAAAGGGAGCCGAAUAUGAAGUCAUAGACGACUCGCAAGAUCACUGGUGGAAAGUCAAAGACGAGAACGGUUCUGUCGGCUACAUACCGAGCAAUUACGUAAAAGAGAAAGAAACGAUCGGGUUGCAGAAAUAUGAAUGGUUUGUGGGCGAAAUGUCCCGCCAAAGAGCGGAAUCUUUGCUCAAACGUGAAGAUAAGGAGGGGUGCUUCGUCGUACGGAACUCGUCAACGAAGGGAAUGUAUACGUUGUCAUUGUAUACUAAAGUGAAUCAUCAACAGACGAAGCACUAUCACAUAAAACAGAACAGUCGCGGCGAGUUUUAUUUGUCGGACAAGCAUUGCUGCGCGAGUAUACCGGAGCUGAUCAACUAUCACAAGCACAACAGCGGCGGCCUGUGCUCUCGUCUAAAGGCGACGCCCUGCGACCGCCCCGCGCCUCCCACCGCCGGACUCUCGCACGACAAGUGGGAAAUCGAUCCGUCGGAGCUGGUCCUGAUGGAGGUGCUGGGCGCGGGACAGUUCGGCGUGGUGCGGCGCGGCGUCUGGCGCGGUCGAAUAGACACGGCCGUCAAGAUGAUGAAGGAGGGCACCAUGUCCGAGGACGACUUCAUCGACGAAGCUAAAGUUAUGACUAAACUUCAGCACCAGAACCUGGUGCAGCUGUACGGCGUGUGCUCCAAGCACCGGCCCAUCUACAUCGUGACGGAGUUCAUGCGCCACGGCUCGCUGUUCAACUACCUGCGCCGCACGUCGCCCGACCAGCUCGGCCACGCCGUCCUCCUCGACAUGUGCAUACAGGUUUGCAGAGGGAUGGCGUACCUAGAAAGGCAUAACUACAUUCACCGAGAUCUGGCUGCGAGAAAUUGUUUGGUAGGCGAUGAGAACGUUGUGAAGGUAGCCGAUUUCGGUCUAGCGCGGUACGUUCUGGACGACCAGUACACGAGCUCCGGAGGCACCAAGUUCCCAAUAAAGUGGGCGCCGCCCGAAGUGCUCAACUUCACCAGGUUCUCAUCGAAAUCCGACGUUUGGGCUUUUGGAGUGCUGAUGUGGGAGGUGUUCACGUGCGGAAAGGUACCUUACGGUCGACUCACUAACUCGGAGGUCGUGGAUAAAGUACAACGGGGACAAGUGCUAGAAAAACCUAAAGGUUGCAUCAACGAAAUAUACAAUGUGAUGCGCGCGUGCUGGGGCCACACGCCGGAGGAGCGGCCGUCGUUCCGCGUCCUCAAGGAGCAGCUGGCGGUCAUCUCGCAGAGCGUGCUGGCCGAUUGACUGCGUCUGCUGCUGCGGCUGCUGCGGCCGACCGACCGACCGCACUACGACUGACUGUAUGCGAACUUGAAACACUCGCACCGAUCAUACGCACCACUAGUUUCAUUACCAAAAAACGAUAUAACAGGCAAAGUAUCGGCUUGUUAAUUUUUGAUUAAUUCACGACGAUAAAGAUACGUACAAUUACGGAGACCCUGACAUAUCAAUUUGUUGGAAAACGAAUCAAAGCUUAUUAAGUAUCUAACAAAUCGUAACAGGGAUAUUUCAUGAACUUUAAAGCUUAAAUGAAGAAUAACGAUUUAUAUUUAGGGUUUAUAUAACCCCACGCCGUGGUUUUUCUGCAUUUGCUUUAUUCGUUUUGCCUCUUCGGCAAGGUUCUCCAUCUCUCUUUAAUACAAGCCUUAAAAGAAGAUGUACGAGUAGGUAUAAUGACAAUGCGCGCAAAGCAGCUCGUCGUGUUCAUUUCGAUCCGAUCGGCGGAAAUUUCCACACACGCUAUACACAUACACACACUCUCGCGCGCGCGCUCACACACACACACACACACACACAAACAACACACACACACACACACACACACAAACACUUGCGCGCGCGCACACACACACACACUAACACACACGCACGCACGCAUACACGCACACGCACACAAACACGCGCGCACACGACUGUGCGGUGAAAUCUUUAAUGCGAGUGGAUCUGGUCUGUGCCGUAGCAUCGUUGAGACCGAUGUGAUAAAAUCGUGAAAGAAAAUAAAACAAUCAAACGUACAGAGAUACUAAACUAACACAUUCCUGAAUUGUCAAGUGCAUUUACUUACUAGAAAGUGAAUAUCUGAUUUAAAUUACGAAUAGAUUCUCUAGAAAAAUAUACACGUAUAGAACUAUGUGAUGUACGAGAAACCAACGAAAAGAGACAAUAAAAAACCAUAUGGAAUUGACGUAAUGAGAAUUGAUUUAUUUAACAAGUUAUCUUCGAACAUAUUGGUCUUACCGUCCACUGCCAUUAUUAUCUUAAACUAGUGAUUAGUUCUCUUAAGUGUUAAAACACAAAAAAGCAGACACGUGAGAGAUGAAUUUGUGGUAUUUGAAAUUAAGUACACUUUUAGUAACACGAAUCUCAUUAUUUUUAAUGCACAUUUCUUUUAGAGCAUAGUUUAAAAACUAACUGUCGCCAUAGGAAACUCGAAUUUAUGUAUAUGUAACAGUGUUACACUAAAGGUGUAUACCAUUGAAAUCAGAAACCUAACAUUUGUAUAAAUGCAAGAACCCCAUCGCAAAUGGCAUCUUCACCGGAGCUCUUUGGCUCAGUAUUAGAAUUUACAUAGGUAAUAAAUAAUAAUAAGAUUUUCACUGUAUUUUCAUAUCAUCAAUCAUAAUAUUAUAGUUAAUAGAAAGCAUUGUAUAUAAUAAUAGUGUAAGCUAAUUAUUUAAUAUACUAGUCGUUAGGUAAAACAAGAGCAGUGCACGCAGUAAAUUCUCACGUAAGCAACAUUUAUAAUUAAUCAUUUUAUUAUUAUAAAUAAAUAAGAAAUUGUCGAAUUUUGACAUGACUUGUCGCCGCUAUAUUAAAUAAUGUUUAGUCAAUAUAAAUGAUUCUUCCUAAAGGCUGGUUUACAUUAUAAAAAUGCGUUAUGCGAGUACCAUGUGUAUACAUGUGGAAAGGCAACGUUGCUAUAACUCAUCAAGUACCUAUCUAUUAGUGUAACCAAAUCGUUUUAAAUUUCCUUGUGUGAUAUAUAAAAU